AGAGCGCCUGGGUCCGGCAGCGGCUGAGGGAGCUCCGGAGCGAUGCCCACUCCCAGGCCCCCGGGACCAACCUGGCCGGGGCUCUCCGGGCCGUUUACGCUCAGCUGGUGCAGCAGGAACGGGCGGAGCAGCUCCGGGGGCUGCGACCCCCGCCCGUCACCAACAGCACCCGACACGUCAUCGUCAUCAUGAGCGACGGCCGGGCCAACAUGGGGGGGUCUCCGGUGCCGGUGCUGCAGCAGAUCCGGGAAUUGCUGAGCAUCGGGAGAGACCCCCGGGACAGCCGGGAGGAGUUCCUGGACGUUUACGCCUUCGGGCUGGGCGAGGACGCUCACACCGAGACGAUGAACGCGCUGGCGUCGCACAAGGCGGGGGAGCAGCACCUCUUCUUCCUCAGGGACACCGAGGACCUGCAGGAGGUGUUCCACCGCAUGAUCGACGAGAGCUCCACGCUGGGGCUGUGCGGGGUCAGCCUCGAGUUCGCCCGCGCCGGGGACAGAGAGAGAAACCCCUGGGAGGUGACGGUGACAGUGACGCGCCCCGGGCGGGGCCAGGAGCGCUGCCAGGGCUCGCUGGUGUCCCCUCACUUCGUGCUCAGCGCCGCUCACUGCUUCACCUCAACUGAGCAACCCGGCUGGCUCGGCGUGGACAUCGGUCCCCGUGACCACCGGGGGGUCUCGGGGCUGUUCCUGCACCCCGAGUUCAGCCCCGGCUCUCGGCGUCACCGGGGGGUCCCCGAGUUCUACGACUUCGCCGUGGCCCUGCUGGAGCUGGAGCGCCCCGUGGGACCCUCCCCCGGCCAGCGGUGACACCGGGGGGGGCU